AUGGCUUACGUGGUAGAAUUGGAGGAUGAAGGCACCAUAGAUAGUGAUAUUCCAACUACCCUCACACGCAGUAAAGCUGAUGUGCCAGAACUGGACGAGAGGAGCUCGUCUUCCGCUGCCAACGAUGUGGUGGUGGAAAAACUGGCUCAGAUAUUCUCAUAUCUCAGACACGGCCGGCAUAGGAAACAAAAGAAGAUGAAAGAGAAGGGUCGCAACGAAGAUUCCAUAUACGGUGACAUAGGAGAUUACGUCGCGGGCGACCGUCGCACCGAACGACGGGACGAGAGGCCUCGCUCUGGGUACUUUGACAAGCCGAUCGAGACUGAAAAGGAGACAGGGCCUGGACAGUUAGCGCGACGCACUGGUGCAACAGCCGAAGAUCGCGAUAAGAGGUCCGCUGCGCUGCUGUCCCGUCUUGCUGCAGAGCCGGAAGGGUAUGCGGAGUGCUACCCAGGUCUCCGUGAGAUGGACGACGCCAUUGAUGACUCCGAUGAUGAGGUGGAUUACUCUAAAAUGGAUGCUGGAAAUAAGAAGGGACCUAUAGGACGCUGGGACUUUGACACGCAAGAGGAGUAUUCGGCGUACAUGAGUAGUAAGGAGGCGUUGCCAAAAGCCGCCUUUCAGUACGGCGUGAAAACGCAAGACGGAAGAAAGACAAGAAAAACCAAGGAUAAGAGUGAGAAGGCGGAACUGGAUCGAGAAUGGCAGCAGAUUCAAAAUAUAAUACAGAAGCGAAAGGCACCGCAAUAUUCUGCAGACGAGCCAAACUUCAAAACUCCCAAGUUUUAA